AUGCAGUUUCUAUUUGCCCUUCUUACGGCCGCCGCCGUCCUCGUUUCUGCCCAGUCCGGGAGCAAUUUUGACGGCUUGAUCUCCCAAAUACCCCAGUGUGCCUAUAUCUGCCUUGGGGAAGCCGCAGGGUCCACCGGCUGUGACCUUAACUCUUCUAUUGGCAAAGUCUGCACCGACAACGGUGCACCUAAUCCCGCCGCCGCGAAAACGGCGACGAGCAACGGCACCACACCCGCGACUACAGACGUUCCUUCAUCGUCACAAACAUCUGAUGCCGCCCGGCUCAAGUUACAAUUGGCCAUUAUGGCUAUCUUCUCCGCCUUGUCCGUCGCCAUAGUUUGA